AUGCAGGAAUUGGAAGAGUUGGUGUCUCGCAUUCAAGAUAGAGACAUCAAAGAAAAACAACUAGUCAAGUCUUUGGAUAACCAUCUCCUGCCCCUCUUUUGCAUUUUUUACUUUGCCGACUAUCUUGACCGCGCCAAUAUAGGCAAUGCAGCUUUGAUGGGCAUUCAAGAUGACUUGAAAAUGACAGACGGUCAGCUAAGCUUUGCGAUUUCCGCUUUCUAUAUCACUUAUAUUAUUUUCCACGUCCCCUCUAAUGUGAUCAUGAAACGAACCAAUGCCAGUAUUUGGCUUUCAUCCAUUAUGUUUGCUUGGGGUACCAUUACAAUCGUUACGGCGUUUGUGCGCAAUUUUGCAGGAUUGUUAUCGUGCCGGCUUAUACUGGGUGUGGCCGAAAGUGGCUAUAUCCCUGGCAUCCUCUAUCAGCUAUCCAGUGUUUAUAAACCCAGAGAACUUGGUAUCCGGAUUGCUGUGAUGCUGUGUAUGUCCCAGCUGUCUGGCAUUGUGUCGGGCCCUAUCGCAUACGGCACUUCUUUCUUGGAAGGUCGCAUGCAUAUGCAUGGAUGGCAAUAUCUAUUCAUUCUUGAAGGAGUCCCUACGGUUGUGCUUAGUAUUGCCUCGUAUUGCCUUUUAUUCGACGACGUCAACACCGUCAGCUGGCUUACCGAUGAACAAAAAGCUUUACAGCAGUACCGAAUGACGGAAAACCGCCCACUGCGAUCCAAGCACACCCAUGUCACACUGUCGACUUUUAAGGAAGCAUUGGUAGAUUGGAAACUUUGGUUGUUUGCCAUCACUUAUUUAUGCAACGCAACAAAUAUGACCAGUGCUUCUAUAUUUGCUCCCAGAAUCAUUGACGGGUUUGGAUUCACGGUUCUUCAGUCGCAGCUAUUGACUGCACCGCCAAGCCUGGUGUCAUCCGCUUUAGUUAUUUUAAGUGGAUAUUUUGUUGACAAGUAUUAUCGCUUCCCUUUCAUGUUGGUCGGCUUCGCCUUGCUAGCCAUUGGAUACGGCCUGCUUCUGGUACUGGACACACCAUGGUGUAAGUGA